CCUUACCCUCUAUUCUGAUUAUAAACCACAAAACUUUUCCCUUUCUUCUUCCUAAAUCCUUUCCUUAUGAGAUAGAAAGAGAGAGAAUUUAGAUUCUUUUCUUUCGUGCUCCCCAAUAUUACCCCUAAUCAGUAACCCCUUCUCUCCUUAUCACCAAUCCAAUUCCUGAUUCUGUUUGGUAAUUGCUUCCUUCUUCUUUCUUUGUUUCUAUUUUCUAUUUUUUUUUUUUUCCUUUUUCCAGUUGGGUUUUGUUUGGGAGUUAUGUUUGAUUGAUUUCUAUAAAGGGGCUGCGUUUUGUUUAAGAUUUUAGCGAUACCCAUCAAACCCUUUUCGCUUGUUUCGCUUUCGCAUGCCCCUGUUUGUUCCCUUUUGGUGUUGAUUCUGCUCUGUUUAUUGGAAUGGUGGGAAUGUUUGUGGCAGUGCUUUGAUGAAAUUUGGUGUUCUUUAGAAGUUGUGUUUUCUGUUAUUCUUUUCCCUUUCUGUCGAUAAGGACAGUUUGGGGGAUCUGAGCAAGUUGGAUGAUUCAAUUGAAGUUGCUUCUUGGAGACGUUGAAAUUGAUUGCCAGGAAUUCAGGCGGGUUGGUUUUUUGUCAGUGUAAAUUUGGUUAAGUUUGGCUGUAAUUUGAGAGUUUGAAGUAUCAAAUUGUAGUUUGGUUGAAGCAAUUAACUGGUUGGGGAUGGUUCAAUCGAUUGCAGCAGCUUCUCUUUUUGGCCAUCAGCUGCUAUGUGGAGGAACUUUUAUUCAGGACACGUCCUACAAGAGGAAGAACAGUUGGUUUCCAACAUCCAAAUUUGUUGGUAAGAGGCUGAUUUCGUCUCCCCCAGUUUCUGGAUUGAAAGUGGAUAGAUUAGCACUUUUGGCAAUUAAGGCUUUGUCGUUGGAGGUAACAAAAGAGGCAUAUUCAUUCAGAGAGGAUAGAAUACCAAAGGAUUGGAACUAUGAUAUUGAUGCUGGCUUUGAUCGAAAGCCAGGUUUAUGGCCUCCUGAAAACAAAGCAGAUAAUCCUUCAUUACAGAAUCCAUUGCUUCGACAAGAAAGAAUGGGGUGUGGUUGGUUGGGUGCCAUAUUUGAGUGGGAGGGUGUGUUGAUUGAGGACAAUCCUGAAAUUGAGAAGCAGGCUUGGUUAGCUCUUUCUCAGGAAGAAGGAAAAUCCCCUCCCCCAGCUUUUAUCCUCAGGAGAAUAGAGGGGAUGAAGAAUGAACAGGCUAUUUCUGAAGUCCUUUGCUGGUCUAGAGAUCCUGCUCAGUUGAGAAGAAUGGCUGCUAGGAAGGAGGAAAUCUAUCAGGCAUUGCAGGGAGGAGUUUACAGAUUAAGAGCAGGGUCAAAAGAGUUUGUGAAUGUCCUGAUGCAUUACAAGAUUCCCAUGGCACUGGUUUCAACACGACCUAGAGAAACUCUGGAGUCGGCCAUGGGAACGAUUGGUAUUGACGGCGAUUUCAAUGUGAUUAUUGCUGCGGAGGAUGUUCACAGGGGAAAGCCUGAUCCAGAAAUGUUCGUUUAUGCAGCACAGCUCUUGAACUUCAUUCCUGAAAGAUGCAUUGUGUUUGGGAAUUCAAACCAAACUGUUGAGGCUGCUCAUGAUGCCCGGAUGAAGUGUGUGGCAGUUGCAAGCAAGCAUCCUGUUUAUGAACUUGGGGCUGCAGACUUGGUCGUGAGGCGUCUUGAUGAGUUGACAGUCGUUGAUUUGAAGAAUCUCGCCGAUAUUGAGUCCUCUGAAUUUGGUUCUGGAGAGCUAGAGUUGGAGAUGGAAUUAGUAGAAGAUGAUGAAUCUCCAUCAACCAUGACAGCAGUUGAUGAUAUUUUCUGGUGACAAUGGCUAAAAUGUACAUAAUUUAUUGUUAUGAUUCUUAACGUCAAUAGUUCAUCUGUGUAUAAAAAGGGUGGGAAAUAUUUACCAAAAAAAGAAAGAAAAAAAAAAAUCAGAGGUGGUCUGCAUUGUAUCAACUUAAUGGUAUAUGACAUGUAUGUAUUUUUCUUUUUCUGUGUCUGAAAGUCCAAUGUUUCCUUUCUGCUGCUUCAA